ACACUCUCUUCUUUAUUCUAUCAGCAAAGGCAACUUGACACUAUAUGUGGACCGAGCACGACCGACAACUUAUUCUCAACACCAAAAAGAACUACCCGCGCUGGAAUUGGGAGCGCAUCUACAACCAUUGCAAGGAUAAACUCGAAGAACCUCACUCAUCCUCGUCUUGUCGCAAGAUGUAUCAGCGCGCUGAACUAGAUCCCGAGAAAACUAUGACUCCAUUGCCUUUGUGGGAUCGCCGCAGCCUGGCCAAGAUGGUAUUCCAGGAACCACGUCCUAGCUGGAAAGACAUUGCCAAGAGCUUGGGAUACUCGGCAGAAGAAUGCAAAAAUUGUUACAAGUAUCACCUGACGGAAAACGAACUCGACCGUGGCCGGCGCGAGGCAAUGAUGGUGGUCAUGCCGUCGCAAGCUGCAAAAGCUACCAUGAUGAAUGAUGCCUCUCCUUCCCCCCGUGGAUCUCCGUCGAUUGAAAACCAAAAAGGCAAGGUUACAUCAGAAAAGAGCCGAGAACAUUCCCUCGGCACUUCUUCGUCGAAGAAUAAAGACAUUCGAAAUGAUUCAACUACAUCGCAGAGAAGCAGCAGCAGCAGCAGCAGCGUCGGCAUCAACAACGGUAGCAUCGACAAGAAACCCGUAUCUCCGUCCUCUUCGCAAACCUCCAAAAACAGUGCUGGAAAGUGGAAAACUAGAGACGAAUGCAAUCUGCUCCGCUACCGUGCUCGACAUAUGCCCUGGAAUGAUAUAUCUGAAAAGCUUGACCGUUCAGUAGCUUCCUGCAAAAGCAAAUAUGAAAGCUUGAUGGAAGAAUCCGAUGAAGAAUCGGAUUAG